AUCCUCAGCCAAUGGAGAAACCAGCGGAGGAGCUUUAACAUUCUCUCCGGAACGGUGCAGACCAGAGCGCAGCGUCCGGCGCCACAGAUCCAGCCUCCUGUGCGUAAAAUCUGCACAUCUUAAAGUGAGUUUUCUGCUUCACAUAAUGGACUCUUCUGUUUUGUUGUUGUCGUCCUGAGGACUGCGGGAUGUUUUAAGCUGCUGUGUGGAUAUCCAGCAGAGAAAUGCUGCUUUACGGACCCGAUGACAUCUGCGUCUUAAGAGGAGUUUAAAGCAGAAAGUCAUGAUGUGAAUGUGAGGCAGCAGCCUACCCAAUGAUUGAGACCAGUACACCGACCAUGCUGGACAGAACUGAACCGGCACACUGCACUGUGUGCUGUUGUACUCUGGCCAACAAAAUCCUCAUGGUAGUCUUCAUGGUGCUCCUGAUCUUCGCCAUCUUGUUUGGGAACUUGGUGACUCUGGCUGUGGUGCUGGGGACCAAACAUUUCCACACACCACAGGGCUACCUGAAGGCUUCCCUUGCUGUGGCUGAUCUGGUGGUGGGAAUGUUUGUGGUGCCGCUGUCUGUCUACGCCGAGGUCUAUCUCAUGGUGACAGACUCAGCACCGGAGUGGACUUUCUACAACUCACAAUCGGUGAGUUUCCACCCGUGUAACAUCAUUGGCCCCAUCUUUGGUGGGUGUACCUUUGUCUCAAUCACAACGAUUUUCCUGCUGACGAUUGAGCGGAGCAUCGCAGUGCUGAAGCCGCUACACAAGGAUUCUGUGAUUACUCGUAAAAGGACCACCAUCCUCAUUGUCCUCUCCUGGGUGGGGAGUUUCUUUUUGGCUGUGUCUCCAAUGAUUUUCAGCAGUGAGAUCGCACUGGAGUAUAACUCCUGCAGCCGGAUGUGUAACUACGCUCUGGGGACCAUCGGCGAGUUCCCCAGCCAGGCCUGGAACAUCCUUCUCCUCUUUCCUGCAUUUGAUUUCACCCUCCUUGGUGGCACUGUGGUCAUUAACAUCAUCUCUCUUUCCAGUAUCAGACAGCACUCAAGACGUAGGAAACACCUGGCUGAGACCGAAUGCCAAAGCACCUCCAAACCUACAUUCUCAGACAUUAAAGCUGCCAAGACCAUUGGUACUCUCACGGUGGCCUUCACUGCAUCAUUCACUCCCAUUGCUGUCUUUGUUGUUGGUAACGUUUUGGGGAAUAAGUGGUGCAACUUUUCCUUCUUCGCCUUCUGGAUUUUGGCCUCCAACAGUUGCUGGAAUGUCAUUAUUUACAGUGUGAGGGAUCAGAAGUUCAGACUUUGUGCGCACAAACUCCUUCUACCUCCUAUGAAAAGACAUCGCCAAGACAUAAAAACAACAGUGACCAAAAUCUAACAACUAACCUGAGCAGGACUGCAUCAUUUAGAUGUUUGUUUGUUGCGCAAACUCUUUGUUCAACGCAUUGUGAGUCUCAUUAAGAGACGUGUCUGCAUGUCUUGUGGAUUGCUGUUGUGAAAUUGCUUUGAUUUUUACAUCGAUAAAAAGCAUGGAGGGUUCUUAGGUCACAAAUGUUAAAUUGAAAUGUCCCUCUUUGCGGGAAUUUGUCUUGUUCUGUGUAAUGUUAAAUAAUUGAGGCCUGUUUCAGUCUGUGGAAUGAUGGCUUAUCUGAGUGUAAUUAAUUAAAAACUAAUAAAAACAAAAUCUAUUUCCUGCUUCCACUGUGUGCAGACUUAUUUGGAUGCUACAGUUAAAGUGAUUGCUUCUGGCAACAGAAUUGUUAGUAGGGAGAUAUAUUUCUGACACAAGAUAGUUAAUCAUUACCUAAGGUGCCAUGCAAACACUCUCAGGUAUACACAUAUGUUGCAUGGUCUAAACUGGAUAAUUCUUAAUGAUAUACUUUAACAGUAAAUGAUAAGGUUUCAGAAUAUGCAGUGCAUUUUACAGCUCUAUAAUAUUUAUUAAUUUCAUAUACAACAGUAUACAGCGGACAUGAGUACACUUGUGUGUGCAAAAAUCAAUUAAAUGUGAAAUUAAAUUAAACUGCAUCCCUUCUUGA